AUGGCGUCCAUUGAGUCAACCAAUCCAUCUGAUCCAACUCACGUUCAACCUUUACAAUUUGCUUUGAACUCAAGCAAUGAUUUUGCUACUCCUAAUCCUCCUAAUCCCUAUUUUCUUAGUUCAAGUGAAAAUCCAAGCAACAUUUUGGUUACUCAACCAUUGCUUGGAAUGAAGAACUAUCAAUCCUGGUCCAGAGCAAUGAUUCUAGCUCUUACUGCAAAGAAGAAGAUUGGUUUCAUUAAUGGAAAGAUCACAAAACCAGAUUUGGAUUCGCCCUUAUAUGAAGAAUGGGAGAGGUUUAACACCAUGGCGCUUUCUUGGAUGAUCAAUUCAAUGCAUGUGGAUGUGUCCAGUAGCACCAUGUACUGUGAAACAGCUAGGGAGAUGUGGAUUGAAUUGCAAAGUCUCUUCUCACAAGGCAAUGGUCCCAAAAUUUACAAUUUAUAG